GGGCCCAAUGCCAUUCUCUACAGCAGCAACGACGUUCAAUUUGUCAUCGUGUGUGAUGAGGAUCGGUUCAAAAACCACGGAUUUCACCCAGAACACUCGAGAAAUGGCAGAAAAAUUGACGAUUGAGUUGGAUUCGAAAAAAUCGUCCGAUGCUCCUUCACUAUUCGACAUGCCAAACAGAGUGCUUCAUGAAAUUAUGGACAACGUGGAUCCGAUCAAUCGACUUGUCCUGCGAAAAGUCUGCCGAAAAUUGAGGAAUUUCCUAGAUAACAGAGAUCCCUGUUUCAAGCAUGUUGAACUAUCGAUCUACAACAAUUCCUAUUGGAUUCAUCUGCACAGCGAGUGUUGGUGCUCGACACGGAACACCGGCCUCGGAGGAUAUUGCACGAAUAACUUCAAAAAUCCUGUGCUGAUGCGAAUUUCUAGGAAUUCCUUAAAUGAGAUUCUACGCGUUCUGGAAGAUUUUCUAGCGAUUCCGAAGCUUGAAAUCGACCAUUUUCGUAUUAAAGCAGCUAUGUUCCAGGAAAAGAUUGAAAAUCGGUUUCCCAAUUCAAAAAUUUGUGCCAGAAGACUGGAAAUUGGAGAUUUCUGUCCCAGCCAGCUCACUCCCAUCAUUUCCCGCUUCGAGCCCGGUUUUCUCAAGGAAAUUUCCAUUGAAUGGUAUGGAAAUCGAGCUGAUUUUCGUGAAAUCUACGAUUUGGAGCAAUGGAAGCAGGCGAAAUCAAUUAUCAUCAAGCCGGAAUCUUAUUCAACUUCACAUUCUUAUUUGAAUAUUCCAAUUGAACAAUUAUUCCAUCUUUCUCAUUUUGAUAUUUCUGAUGUUACAAUCUCAGUUGAUGAUGCAAUGAAGAUCAGAAAUAUUCUCUUGAAAUCAGCUAGCUUGGAAUAUGCAUGGAUUUAUUCGCGUGAACCAAUUCUUCUAGAAGUUGUGAAAGUAUUCGAUGAGAGCUUUAUUGGCGAUUUUACGACUUCUGAGUACAAAAUCAAUCAAUAUCGCGUUACUGUGGAUGAGAAAUCUUUGAUAAUUGAUAAAACCUAUUAA